AUGGCAGGGGCUUUAGUUGGAGGUGCGUUUCUCUCAGCUUCUCUCACAGUUCUAUUUGACAGGUUGGCUUCUCGCGAGGUUGUGAGCUUCAUCCGGGGGCAGAAGCUCAGCGAUGCGCUCCUGAAGAAGUUGGAAAGGAAGUUGCUGGUCGUCCAUGCAGUGAUCAACGAUGCUGAGGUCAAACAGUUUACAAAUCCAUAUGUGAAGAAGUGGCUGGUCUUGCUUAAAGAGGCCGUGUAUGAUGCGGAGGACAUAUUGGAUGAGAUCGCCACAGAGGCUUUGCGACACAAGGUGGAAGCUGCGGAGUCCCAAACCAGCACAAGUCAGGUGGGUAACAUCAUGGACAUGUCAACCUGGGUUCUCGCUCCAUUUUAUGGUCAGGGCAUAGAGUCUAGGGUGGAGGAGAUCAUUGAUAGACUAGAAGAUAUGGCACGAGACAGAGACGUCCUUGGGUUGAAAGAAGGCGUUGGUGAGAAAUUGGCACAAAGGUGGCCUUCUACUUCUUUGGUAGAUGAAUCUCUUGUUUAUGGCAGGGCUCAAAUUAAGGAGGAGAUGGUUCAACUGUUGCUCUCUGAUAAUGCAAGGAGUACUGAUGCCAUGGGUGUGAUCUCCAUAGUCGGCAUGGGUGGCACAGGCAAAACCACACUUGCCCAGCUGCUCUACAAUGACCAAAGGGUGAAGGAACACUUCGAUCUCAAGGCAUGGGUUUGUGUUUCCGAAGAAUUUGAUCCUAUCAGAGUUACGAAAACAAUUCUCGAGGCAAUCAAUUCAUCCACGUCCAAUACCACUGAUCUAAAUCUACUUCAGGUUCAACUGAAGGAGAGAAUUAAUAUGAAGAAAUUUCUACUUGUCCUGGAUGAUGUUUGGAACGAAGACUCUUGUGACUGGGAUACGCUACGAACUCCACUCAUAGACGGGGCAAAGGGAAGCAAGAUUAUUGUAACUACGCGAAGCACCAAGGUUGCAUCUGCCAUGCGUGCAGUCCAUACUCAUUGUUUAGGUGGGUUAUCCUCUGAAGAUGGUUGGUCCCUGUUCAAAAAACUUGCAUUUGAAAAUGGAGACUCAAGUGGGCAUCCACAACUAGAAGCAAUCGGAGAAAAGAUUGUCCACAAGUGCCAAGGUCUACCGCUGGCUAUAAAAGCAAUGGGGAGUCUCUUACACUCCAAGGUUGAAGCAAGAGAAUGGGAUGAUGUAUUAAACAGUGAAUUAUGGGAUUUGCCCACAGAUGCGGUUCUUCCUGCUCUGAGGUUGAGUUAUUAUUACCUUCCUUCACAUCUAAAACGCUGUUUUUCUUAUUGUUCAAUCUUUCCCAAAGACUACAAAUUCGAAAAGGAGAAGCUAGUUUUGUUAUGGAUGGCAGAAGGUUUGUUGGAACAAUCAAAAGGCAAGAAAAGACUGGAGGAGGUAGGCAAUUUGUACUUUGAAGAACUUCUAUCAAAGUCAUUUUUCCAAAAUUCAAUAAGUAAUGAGUCAUGUUUUGUAAUGCACGACCUCGUGAAUGACUUGGCACAAUUGGUAUCUGUAGAAUUUUCUGUUUCUUUAGAGGAUGUGAAAGAGAUGCCAAGUGAUAUAUGUAAGCUAAAGAAUUUACAAUCACUUUCUACAUUUAUUGUGGGCCAAAAUGGUGGGUUAAGAUUGGGAGCAUUGAGGGAGCUUUCGGGAAGUCUUGUCAUUUCAAAGCUGCAGAAUGUUGUAUGGGAUAGGGAUGCAUUAGAAGCUAAUAUGAAGGAUAAAAAGUACCUUGAUGAGUUGAAGUUGCUGUGGGAUUACAAGAAUAUCGAUGCUGCUGGUGUUACAUUUCUCAAUUGGAGGAACUACCACCACGAAUACAGACGCUAUUCAUUAGAGAAUGUGAUUCGAUAG